AUGAAGAUCAAAAAGACACCAUCCAAAAAGCUCGCCCCAGUACCACGUCCUCUUAGCAAUGUGAUUGAAAGUCUCGAGCAUGACCCAGAAGACCAGAUUUCAGUGAAUGCAGCAAAGCUCAAAGACUGGCCCUAUCCACGAGGAGACCUCUUCCAUUGGGUGCCAGUGCUUAAUCGAUUCGACAGUAUCUUACAACGCGUCGUGGAUGAAUAUGAUCUCAAACAAGUCCAGUCGCGACCUUUUGAUGCAGCUACAAAGGACGUCCUCGUCGCUAUCACAGAAGUCUCCAAGACCCUCUUUGAGUACUGUACAAAUCGCAACAUUUACAACUCUUAUGAACAUAUGAAUGCACUUGUCAAUACGACUGACAUUGAUGUACUGGUGAAUGUCUUACGAUUCAUGCUGCGCCCCGCUCAGCGUGUGAACAAUCCCCGAGCUGUGCGAUCCACAUUUGCUACGCCGCAGGAUAGAAUUAUUCAACUUGCCCAUCGAUGGAGCACCCAUGCUGAUUAUGUCGAUAUUUGUCGAGAUUCAUUCGAGAUCAACGAGGAUAUGACAACAGCUCGUCUUCGAUUCUAUCGCACACAAGAUGAUAAACAUGAUGAUGACAAUGACCAACAACAACAACAACAACAACAACAGCCAUCAGCUAGCAGCAACAAUGGCGGCGGAGAUCGUACCGAGGGAAUGCACGUCAUUGUGGAACAACUUGGCUCAUCUUCAAACACUGAUUCACAAGACUUACAAGAACUGGUCAAGCAGCACGAUAUACCAAAAGAAUACCAAUUUGAGCUCGCCAACCAGAUUCGUAUUGCAAAACAUAUCGCCAAUCCCGUCUCAAGGAGGAAACUCUUGCUCGUUCGGAUAUUGGCAAUCGCUAUCAUGGCACACACCUUAUCAGAGACGACGGCACAAACCAAGGUCUUUUUAUAUGAGCCCCAUUUAAUCACCAACUUGGCCGAUUUGGUUCGUCCUGACAAAGAGAUGCCAUUUGAUAUACAAACAUACGCUCUUUGUGCUCUUGAUGGCAUUGCAAGGAAUCUUGGCAAGCUUUCUGAAGUAUUGACAGCACUCAAUGUAUCAGCAAAUCAUGGUAUCUUGUUGCAGAUUCUACGCAGGAUAAACAAUGAAUCCCAAAAUGUCUAUCCACGGGAAUUCUUGGAUGCGUUAUUCACGCUGCUCUCUUGUGUAUUGCAAAACCAACCUGGUGGUCAAAUGCUCAUGUCAGCUGGUGUCAUUCCUAUGCUUGUACAGAUAUUGGGUAACCAGCAAUGUAUACAAACAAAGUAUGUCUCCAAGAUUGUCAGUCUUUUGGAUGCCAUUGUCAAUGCCUUUUCCACAUCUUUCUCGGCAUUCGUUAAUGCAGGUGGUCUUGAUACGUUGUUGGGUCGAAUCAAGAAUGAGGUGGAAUAUUGUUUACAAUUCGAUCGAGCAGACGAUAGCAUGGAUACGAGCGAUUCGCAACCAGAUAUUCAACCAGCACCUGGCACACUUGCACCUUAUGAUCGUAUCUCAGCCAUCAAGUCCAUGCUCAAGUUUCUUUUGCGGAUGAUGGAAGCUGUUGGAACGGCAGAUGCACUUCGUAAUUUGAUUGAGACAUCAGUACCACGGUCAUUGUUGGAGAUCAUUUCACACCCAAAAGUGUUUGGUGCCAAUGUGCUUACCAUUGCCAUCAACAUUAUGACAACAUUUAUUCACAGCGAACCCACAUCCUUGUCGAUUCUUCAAGAAGCCAAAUUACCACAAGCAUUCCUCGAGACCAUUUGUGCGUAUAGUACUCCCAACAGUGAGGUGCUAUUGGCUGCUAUCAAUGGAUUUGGUGCCAUUUGCUUGAAUCCAUCGGGUCUUGAAAUGUUCAAUAAGGCCAAUCCUCUACCGCACUUUUUCGACUUGCUUACGGAUCACGAAUUCUUGCGCAACACCACCGAGGUUGACAGCUCGACAGCACUUGGAAAUACCAUGGACGAGCUCAUUCGACAUCAUCCAUCCCUCAAGCCAACGGUGUUUGAAUGUUUGUCACGCAUGAUCAAAAAGGUCAUUGAAAUGGGUAGUGAUGAAGUGGGCAAGCCCAACAAUGACAGCCAUCGUCUCAAGGUGAUGCCCAAGCCUGGUGAGCAACAAGAUGUUGAUAUGACACCUGCCAAAUCGGAGGAGAGUGGUGGUGAUACCACUACCACCCCCAGGGAGGAACCCAAAAAGGAUGAGAAGACCGAAUCUCUUUUAGUGUCAUUCAUUGACAUGGUGGCUCGAUUCCUCGAAGGUCUUUUCCAGAACCAAUCCAACAUUCGUGAAUUUGUAAAGGAAGGUGGUCCUGAAGUGCUUCUGGAAUACUACACGUUGCCUUAUUUGCCUGCUGAAUUUUCCGUCACCAUUGCAUCCGAUUCUUUGGCAUACAUCCUCAAGGUCAUUAGUGAUGUCAGCACUUUGCCAACCAUCAUGGCCAUUGCAGAAAAGGUUAAGCAGUCGAUCGCUUUCAUUACGGAGAACAAUACUUUGGGAACCGAGUGUAUGGUCAAGCCUUACAUUGACGUCAAAGAGGAUGAAACGGCCAAGAUCGAACAAGGCAAUUCACUCUUUCGACGAUUGGUGGUGCUCCAUGGCUAUGUCGGCCUGCUUUCCAAUAUUUGUUGCUCCACUGCAUUGGUGUCAUCAAGCAGAAAUGCGCUCUCUCUUGUCACCGAAUUCACCUCUGAAGAAGGAGACAACAACAUCCUCUUGCUUCUUGGUCAAUUGUACAGAACGAUGAUGUGGGAGAACUUUUUACUCAAGGAAUCCAUUCCAAGCUCGUGGUAUUCUUUCAAGUCUGCUAAAAAGUACUCAAUAUCGGGUUCAAAUCAUCCACUCGGUAUCUUUGGUGUGAGUGCUGAUGAUCCAACAUCACCCGCAGCAGCAGCAGCAGCUUCAAGUGAAGAACCCUCCUCAUCGUCAUCAUCAAAGGAGGUUACAGCAGCUACCGAUGACUCCAAGGACAAGGCUGAAAAGACACCUGAUGCUAGCGACCCAAGGAUCCAAAACGUCAAGCACUUUAAGCUUCUUCUUGGCGACAUUCCUCAGUUCCUUAUGCCAAUGUUUCAAGGUCUAGUCAAGGUGUCCAUUUCUCGCAAUGCAUCACAAGCACAAAAGACCCAGGCGUACAAGUUGUCUGAGCUGAUGACACGAUUGCUCAAGGAGAAUAUUACCUGGUUACGGGCAUCGAUGGACAAUGUACCAGCAUGCAAGUAUGAUUAUUUGCAGACAAUGUAUACCAUGGUGUCAUUGUUGCUUCUCGAUGAUCGACCCCAUGCAUCGUUACACACACCUCUCGCAUUGACGUUUGACCGACGAGGCGGUACCGAACUACUAUUGGAGGACCUUGAAGUGAUUUGGAAUCAGGUAUCCAAGGUGCAUUCGGUUGCCAAGGAGCAGCGUACCAAGGAGCAGCAAGAACUUCUCCCACGCAUGUAUGGAUCAUUGGAAAUGCUUUUGACAGUACUUGUGUACAUCAGCUCGCCCAAAUUGGUGCAUGAUUCGCCCUCUACCGCACCCAUUGUACAGCGUGAUCGCAAGUCGCCCGAUUACUUUGACCCUUAUGAGUGGAUCAUUGGCAUGCAACUCAAGUUGUCAACCGUGAAAAAGUACUUUCAAAGCCCCGACUUGGAUCAAUUCUCGAGGACGGUGUUACAUGUAUUGCUCGAUAUUGUGUUGGAGAUUCUCAAAGGGGAAGGUGAAUCAAGCCUCAAGCAUGAAUCCUUUACACCUUCAGCUUCCCAUUCGGCUGCUGCUGCUGCUGCAUUUGCAUCAUCACCCUUUGCUGCAUUACGUACCCCACCACCACCUGUCGUAGCGGAUCCUCGUGGUGUUCAAACGCUUGUGGAUAUGGGCUUUGAUCGUGCAGCUGCUGAACAAGCCAUGGUGCGAUGCAACAACCAGAUUUCGCGUGCUGUCGAUUAUCUCUUUAGCCAUCCACAGCCUGUACUUGCCAAUGCGGGUCGAAGCAGAAACACGGAUGAAGAUGGCGAGGAUGAUAAUGAUGAACCCAUGCAUGAUUCCUCGGUCCACGAUGAUGAUAGUGAUCAUGAUAGUGAACAUGAGGAAGAGGAAGAGGAUCAACCAGCUACUGAAGCGACCGAGCAACAACAGCAACCACAACAACAACAGGACAUGGAUCAAGGCGAAAGCAGUAGCAACAACAACAACAACAACAAUGGUGGCAAUAGCAGACAAGAAGAGGAGGAAAGUCAAAAGCAAAAGGAAGCCGAGUUGGUCAAGAAUGUGGAGACACUCCAAGAGAUUCGAGUCAACAUGAAGAAGGAUAUCCCACCUCUCGUCCUUGACCUUGUGGAUAAGCGAGAAGAUUUGUUAUUUGAUAUUCGUGGUUUAUUGGUGGCAUUCUGCAACAAUGAUGAUACGAAUAACAAGGUGGCAGCUGAAAUUAUGACAUUGCUCAUCUCUCGCAUCAAGGAGGUUGGCGAAAAGUCGCCUGAUUCACCUGUGCUUGGUACACGUCUACGAUUGCUCGCAUUGUUUUACAAAGAGUCCGCUAUGCAACCGGUUAUUCCUCGUAUUCCAUCGGAAUUGUCGUUCCUCUUUGAUAUGGUUAACUCGAUUGGAAGCAAUGCUGACACGCCGUUGCCACCCUGGUUCACGACCGUGUUUCUAGUGCUUGAAGCUGUUAUUUCACAAGCUGAGGAACCAAGAAAGGAGAAAUUGGUCAAGCCAUCCAACGACAAUGAUGAUUCGAUGAGCGACGUGGAAGAAGAACAACAGCAAAAGGAUGAUGAGGAAGUGGAUGACCAACCACAGCAAACAGUGAUUGAUGUCGGCCAACGGACACGUUUAUUGAACAAUUGUGUGACAUUCCUGCAAAAGAGCAAGUUGACACGUAAUGAGAUUUAUGCAAUUCUACGUGUGGUGGUACAUUUGACCAAGGAUUACGAUGCUGCAUGCAAGUUUGUUGAGUAUGGUGGAUUACCUCUCUUGUUUGCCAAACCACGUGCCAGCCUUGAUGGUAUCCAGGGACAACAAGCCUUUGUGCUAUUGAUUUUACGCCACAUUAUUGAGAGUCCAGCCUUGCUUCAAUCCACCAUGGAGGAACUGUUGACAACAUGGUUCACUGUACCACGCCCUCGUCAAAUGGAAGCCAAGGCUUUCAUUCGCACCAAUGCUCAUCUUGCCUUACGUGAUCCAAAUGCGUUCCUCAAGGCUGUAGAAAAUGUUGGUUCUCUUACCCAUUACGACAAGCAUAUGCAGAGUUACAAUGUCAAGCUACGAUCUGAAGACGACAGCAAUGAAAAUGAUCAAUCGGCCGAUAACAAAGCUACAUCAUCUUCAUCUGAUGCCGAUGUCAAUAUGGAAGCAGCAGCAGCAGUCGUACCUGAACAACAACAACCAUCUCAUGCUAAAGCAUCAUCAUCAACAACCUCCGCUGUGGUGGUGAAUCACUUGCUCAACGAAUUACUCUCCAUUCGUGCUACUAGCGAGGAACAUCAAUCGACAAAGCCCACAGAUGAAGAAAAGAAGGCUGAGAAUCAACGAUACGCAUACAUUGCAUUCUUGUUGCAGUGCUUGGUGGAAUUGGUACAAUCAUACAAGUCAUGCAAGUAUGAUAUUUAUGCAUUCGGUCGACGACGUGGAAGUAAGGAUGGUAGCACCACCACCAGCAACAAGACACGCAGCUCGAUUUUGCACAUGUUGCUCAAUGAUCUAUUGCCAUACAAUGCCAUCAAUCCCAACACUGAAGAAUCACGAAAGCAACAAGGUGUAUCCAUGUGGGCAGCAUCCUUGUUGGUGGCCAUGUGUUAUGAAACGCCAGCACCCAAGAAAACAGACAAUGGUGGUGACGAUUUGGCCCAAGUACGCAAGUACGUUUUUGACGGCAUCAUACGUUCCCUCAAGGAAACGGUGGCUUCAUCAUCGGGCACUUUGGCUGCAAAAUACGGCAAGUUUUUGGCAUUGUCGGAUUUAUGUCAUCGACUCUUGAAUGCACGUCCAAACACGCUUUCAUCCCAACGUGGUGCUGGUGCUGGUGGUGGUCCUCUUGGUUCGAGUGGUGGUUCGGGUAGUGAUGAAGAAUCGAUCAUGAGUGUUGCCAAGAUUAUGGUGGACAAGAACUUUGUGGGCUCACUGACAGCAGCUAUCAGCGAUGUUGAUAUCAACUACCCACAUGCAAAGACGGUGCUCAAUUCCAUGCUACGUCCACUUGAACAACUCACCAAACUCGCUACCAAGAUCCCUGAUGAUGCUGCAGGCUCCAAAGAAGAUGGUGACAAGAAACGUGGCGAGAUUUUAUCGUACGAUGUAUCUGCAUCCACUGAUACGGAAGCUGAAGACACACCCGACUUGUAUCGCAACUCGGCACUUGGCAUGUUUGAUGGUAGUGUGAUGGAAGAAGAUGAAAUGGAUGAGUUCGAGUCCGAGGAAGAAGAUGAAGAAACAUUUGAUGAAGAGGAAUUUGACGAUGACAGCAACAGCGAUUUAUCGGAUAUGAGCGAAGUAGACGAUGGAGAUGAGGAUGUCGAUGACGAAAUGGGUGCCAUGAUCCACCAAUUUGACACUGACAUGGAAGAAGAUGAAGAUGGUAGCGGUGAUGAAGAUGGUGAUGGUCAUGAUACGGAUCACACGGAUGGUUCAAGCGAUUACGAUGAAGAUGGCCGAGAAAUGACAUGGCGCAUUGAAGAUAUUGAGGAUGAUCCAGAUAUGCACGUUGAUGCCGAGAUCGAAGUGGAUCGUGAAGAUGUAUUUGAUUCAGCUGACGAACAUGACGGUGGUCAUCACGCCAACGAUGUCUUUGGUGAAGAUGGCCAUGUGGACGAGCUUGAGACACUGGAUCAAUCCGACUUUGAUGAAGAUGAAGAUUCUGAAAACAUUGAAGAUGCUGAAGCCGAAGCCGAUAUUAUUGAUGAUCGUGCUCUACUUGACGACAUCCAGGAUGAAAAUCCUUUCCUUGGCAAUCCUCUCAUGGGUGAUGGACUUCUUCUUGAUGAUGAUCGACGCCAUCGUUCUAUGGGAUCAUUACAUUUCCGCCGCUUUGAACGACCACACAAUCGUGGAAGACUUGUUGUUGAACCAACACCUUCACGCUCUUUCCGUGCACCAAGUGCGUUAGGCGGUCGUGGUACCGAUGCUCAAGAUGACAUGGUUGUCAACCAUCCCUUAUUGACUGAAAGCCAGCAAGCAGGAGGCCAUGAAGUCCCACCAAGCCGAUCUAUUAGCGAAUUACAGCAGCGAUCUCGAUCCACUGGUUAUAGCAAUUGGCAGGCGUUUGAGGAUAUAGUGGGUGGCAGUGCUAUGCGAUUCCUCGAGAGUUUCUUGUCACAAGCACCUAGCAAUGUUCAAUCGGGUCCUUUCCGUAUUGAUCUACAAGGCCGAGGUGGUGGCAUUACACGCACGUUUGAAUUUGAUCAUCUUCCUCAUACCCAUGGACAUCAUCAUCGACCCGCUUCAGGAGGAGGAGCAGCAACACAACAAGCUGAGUCUCAAGGCACCGAUCAAAUGCGUGAUUUGUUGACCAUUUUACAUGAUUUCCAACCCUUGGGAUCUGCUGAUCGUUGGCACCAAGAAGCACGUAUGAUGUAUGGCAGCAAUUUGAUGCCUGACAAGGCUCAACGUCUUACCAAUGCCAUGCUCAACUUGUUAUUCCCCAUCACCAUCCGCGAGCAAAAGAUUCAGCGUGAAAAGGAAGAAAAGCGACGCAAGGAACAAGAACGAAUUGAAGCUGAGGAACGUAAGAAACAAGAAGAGGAGCGUAAACGGCGUGAAGAAGAGGAACGCAAGAAAAAGGAAGAGGAAGAGCGUCGUGCUGCUGAAGAGGAGGCUGCUCGUAAUGAGCAACAACAGCAACAACAAGCUACUGGUGAUGAUGAUACUGCCAUGGAAGGGACACAAUCAUCUUCUGAACAAGCUCAAGGCUCUGAUUCGCAACAACCUACAACGAUUACGAUCCAUGGCGAAGAAGUUGAUAUCUCUGGUACUGGUAUUGAUAUUGAAUUCCUUGAAGCGUUGCCUGAGGAUUUGCGUGAAGAAGUGGUGAAUCAACACAUGCGUGAACAUCGACCUGAGACACAAGCAUCAGAGCCAGAUGCCAUCAGCCCUGAAUUUUUGGAUGCCUUACCACCUGAUAUUCGUGAAGAGGUGCUUCAUCAAGAGGCUCUUGAACGUGAUCGUCGUGAACGUCAACAACGGCAGGGUGGAGGUGGUGAAGCUGAUGGUACAGCUACUACAGCAGCUACUACAGCAACUACUACUACUGGACCUGAAGCAGGACUUGGAAGAGAAGCAAACACUUUGCAACGCUUUUUGACUGGUAUUGGUGGUCGUGCAGGUGCAUCAACACGUGAUGGUCAACAACAACAACACCAACGCAAGCAUGCUGUGCAUCGUAAUGCUGUUCAAUUGGUGGACCGUGCGCAAUUGUCGGCAUUAGCACGUCUUUUAUUUGUACCACAAACAAUUUCCAAAUCGGUGCUCAACAAGUUAUUGAUCAAUUUAUGCGAGAACAACAAGACACGCAGUGAUUUGCUAUCGUUCUUGGUGUGUGUGCUUCAUGAUGGAGGUGGUGAUCUUGCAGCUGUCGACCGUAGCUUUGCCCAAUUGUCAUUACAAGCCAAGGGUAUUUACAAGCCUGUGUCCAAGCCAAAGGGUAUUGCUGCUCCUGAUGAAAGUGUGCCCAAUUUUAUCACACAGCGAUGUCUCGAGUUCCUUAUGCAAGUCGUUCGUGCCAAUGAUCAAUCGUUGACUUAUUUCCUUGUUGAGAAUGAUUGUCUUGCCGGCCUCAAGCGUACUGGCAGCCGUAAAGGAAAAGGAAAGGAAAAGAUGACACCUUCCAGCAAGUACCCUCUGCUUGUCCUCAUGAGCUUGUUGGAUCGCAAUACUUUUAUCGACAACCCAAGCCUUAUGGAGGAGUUGAUGCAUCUCAUCACCACUAUAUGUCGUCCAUUCCCAGCACUUGUCAAGAAAUACGUUGAUAAAAUGGAGACACGACAGCAAAAGGAAGGUGGUUCAGAGGAUAGUAAAUCAGCAUCAGCAAACAAAGAGAGCACAACUACUGCUGAGGAAAGCAAAGCAACAAGCAAAAAUGGUAGUGGCCAAAAGGAGACGACGACGACUUCUUCAUCAUCAUCGACAGAUCGCCCUACACCUAAACCACCCACCAUUCCAGAUCAUUACUUGAAGCAAGUGGUCCAUGUGUUGACAUCGGGUGAAUGUUCCAGCAAGACCUUCCAAUACACAUUGAGCGCAUUAUCCCAUUUAUCGUCCUUGGAUGGUGCACAGCAAACUAUCACUUUGGAGCUUGUUCAAGAUGCCCAAGAUUCUGGCAAACACAUUCUUAAGGACCUUGGUGAAUUGCUACAUAUUCUCGAUAAUGCUAUGGCGGGUGCAGAAAUCCAGGGAUCAGCACUUGGUCCUUUCUCAGCAGCAUCCUCGCAUCAGGCCAAGUUGUUGCGUGUUCUAAAGACAAUCGAUUACUUGUACUCACCCAAGACUGCCAAUACCGGUGCACCCAAACCAAAUGAGAACAAUGAGGAUGAACAAGCAAAGAAUGAGAAACGCGUGCUCGAGAUCUAUAGUGAACUCAAGUUCCUUCCACUAUGGAAAAUGCUUGGUCGAUGUCUUGCUGUUAUUCACGAGAAGGAUGAUCUUAUCAACGUUGCCACUGUUUUAUUACCAUUGAUCGAGGCCUUCAUGGUGGUAUCCAAGUACAGCACUGAAAAGACGGCUGAAAAGACGACUGAAAAGAACAAUGCUGAGAUCCAGACACCCACCGAGAAUGAAAAGGAUGAAGACUUUUUCUUUGCAUUUACGGAGGAACAUAAAAAGGUGCUCAACAUUAUGGUGCGAAACAACCCAUCCUUGAUGAUUGGAUCAUUCUCAUUGUUGGUACGCAAUCCCAAGAUGCUCGAGUUCGACAACAAGCGCAACUACUUUGUGCAGCAAUUACAUAAGCGCCAUGGUGAACGUCGUAUGUAUGCACCAUUACAAUUGAACGUGCGUCGACAAUAUGUAUUUGAAGAUUCGUAUCACCAGCUGUUGGGUCGCACGGGAGAUGAGAUCAAGUACGGCAAGUUGAGUGUACGCUUUUAUGACGAAGAAGGUGUGGAUGCUGGUGGUGUGGCACGUGAAUGGUUCUCGGUGUUAUCGCGUCAAAUGUUCGAUCCAAACUAUGCAUUAUUCAUCACAUCAGCUGCUGACAAGCUUACAUACCAACCCAAUCGAGCAUCAGCUAUCAAUCCGGACCAUCUCAGCUACCUCAAAUUUGUGGGACGUGUCAUUGGCAAGGCUAUUUACGAUGGCCGACUUAUGGAUGCAUACUUUACACGUUCAUUUUACAAGCACAUUCUCAAUCGAUCCGUUGACUAUCGUGAUGUUGAGGCCAUUGAUCCAGAGUAUUACAAGAGUUUGGUGUGGAUGUUGGAGAACGAUAUUACCGAUGUCAUUGAUUUGACCUUCAGCAUUGAGACCGAUGACUUUGGUACUACCAAGGAGAUUGAUCUUAAACCAGGCGGUCGUGACAUUCCAGUGACUGAAGAAAACAAGCAUGAGUAUGUGGCAUUGGUGACCGAGCAAAAGUUGACGCUUGCUAUCAAGGACCAAAUCAAUGCUUUCUUGCAAGGUUUCCAUGAUAUUAUCCCGCCGUCGCUUAUUCAAAUCUUCAAUGAACAAGAGCUUGAGUUGCUCAUUUCUGGUUUACCGGAUAUUGAUAUCGAUGACUGGAAAGCCAACACGGAGUAUCAAGGAGGCUAUUCACAAGGCUCACCACAAAUCCAAUGGUUCUGGCGGGCUGUACGUAGCUUUGAUCAAGAAGAACGAGCCAAAUUGCUUCAAUUUGCCACUGGUACUUCCAAGGUGCCCCUUGAAGGUUUCUCCCAGCUACAAGGAUCAGGUGGUAUUCAACGAUUCCAAAUUCACAAGGACUAUGGUGGUGAUUCUCGUCUCCCAUCGGCACAUACUUGCUUUAACCAAAUCGAUUUGCCGGAAUAUGAUGCAUACGAGACCCUUCGCUCUAGCUUGUUCAAGGCCAUCAAUGAAUGCUCAACCGGCUUUGGUUUCAUAUAG